GAUUAGCUCAUUUAAUUAAGAAAAUUUAUAAAUGACCGGAAGGGACGCCGCGGGCUCAGGCGGCAACACUGAAGCGAGCAACAAGGCUCAGCGAGGGUAAAGAGGCCGAGACGCGCAGGAAGACGCCAGACCGCAACGACACAGCUCGCGAGGAAGAGUUCCGCCGCGCCGCAGCCACACCGCAGUCAUGACGGCCCCGAGGACCUUCACCGUGGUGGGGAACUGGAAGAUGAACACGCUCAAGGACGACAUUGACUGGCUGACGGGCGUGCUGAAGGCGGCACCCGUCACGCCCAAUACAGAGGUGAUAGUGGGAAGCCCCUCGUGCUACUUGGCCUACGCUCGCCAGCAGCUGCCGGCCAACAUCGGCGUGGCGGCGCAGAACUGCUACAAGGAAGCGCGAGGCAACUUUAGCGGCGAGAUCUCGCCGGCCAUGAUCCAGGACUGUGGGUGUGAGUGGGUGAUCCUGGGCCACCCGGAGCGUCGGACGCUGUUCCAGGAGUCAGACGAGUUCAUCGGCCAGAAGGUGGCGCACGCCAUGAAGACGGGACUCAAGGUGGUGGCGUGCGUGUGCGAGACAAAGGAAGACCGCGCAGCUGGAUGCACGCAGGAGGUUCUUGCCGCCCAGCUGGAGUCUCUGGCGGCGUCGAUCAGCGACUGGUUCCGCGUGGUGUUGGCCUUCGAGGCGCUGUGGGCCAGCAACACGGGGGUGCUGGCCACGCCCGCCCAGGUGCAGGAGGCCAUGGCCAUGAUACGGGAGUGGCUGCGGCUCCACGAGGGGAACAGCGUCGCGGACAGCACGCGUCUCAUCUACGCCGGAUCGGUGUCUUCUGACAACUGCGAGGAGCUAACGCGGCUCAGGGACGUGGACGGCUUUCUUGUGGGCAGCGCGGCUCUUAAACGGGAGAUCGUAGACAUCCUGCGAGCGUCAAGAGUUUCCUGUUCCAGACUUUGGGCGGGGCAGCAGCGUCUGCAAGCCAUCAGUCAGCUCAUCUCACACCUAAAAGACUCGCGCUUUAACCACCUUUCCCUGGACACCAGAGUGACCAGACGCCUCUAGGAAACUCGAAGUAUGAUCGGCUUCACCAAAACGUAAUUUCACUACUUGCAGCUUUCUGGCUCACGCUACAAUCUCGUUUGGACCCUUGUCGGAAGGCCUUGCAUGUUCACCCUUGAGCGAGGCAGCUUAGGCGGUGCUAAACCACCACCAGCUAUGCAGAGGGUGGGACACAACUCAUGAAGCACACAUGGUACCAUUCAGUGGUGGAUGAACAGGGGCACAGGUGUAAGGAGAAACAGCCCAAGCCAACAAUUGUUUGCCAAGGGCGCUAGCAACUUCAUGACGGAGCUUAUUUAUAAAUUUAUAUAUUCAUUAUUUAUUUUUCAUUAUAUAUAUAUGUGUGUGUGUGUGUGUGUGUGUGUGUGUGUGUGUGUGUGUGUGUGUGUGUGCGUGUGUGUGUGUGUGUGUGUGUGUGUGUGUGAGAGAGAGAGAGAGAGAGAGAGAGAGAGAGAGAGAGAGAGAGAGAGAGAGAGAGAGA